AUGUGUGGUCUCUUUGCAGCCACAGUCGUCCCGGGGCAGUCUGUCAUGUCCUCGUACGCGGUGCGGAUGGCCCGGCUGAGUGCUCACAUCUUUAACCAGGUGGCCCGGCCCACAGACGCCCGCUCCCUGAAGGUGGUGCAGCUGUUCCAGGAUCAGCCUUUGGCCAAACGCCCUGAGGUCCAUGACUGGUAUCCACAGCACAAGGUCUACUACAGUCUGACGCAGAGGCUGAGGUUCCUGGGUCUGUUCAGAGAUGAACACGAGGACUUCAAAGAGGAGAUGAGACGACUGCGAAAACUGAAAGGAAAAGGAAAACCCAAGAAAGGAGAAGGAAAGAGGGCGGGAAAGAAGAAGUGA